GACCGGAGCUCCUUACCGGACGGCUUCAUCUUUGGCGCAGCCUCUUCUGCUUAUCAAUACGAAGGUGCAGAGAGGGAAGGGGGAAAGGGGCCGAGCAUAUGGGACACUUUUACUCACUUACACCCAGAGAAAAUAAUGGAUGGUAGCAAUGGAGAUGUGGCAUUAGAUUCUUACCAUCGUUAUAAGGAAGAUGUAUCUCUUAUGAAGCAGAUGGGAGUAGAUGCCUACAGAUUUUCCAUUUCUUGGCCAAGGAUAUUACCAAGCGGAAAGCUCAGUGGAGGAGUCAACCAGGAAGGUGUCAAAUACUACAACAAUCUCAUAAAUGAACUCUUGUCUAAUGGCUUGCAGCCUUUUGUGACCCUUUUCCACUGGGACUUGCCUCAAGCAUUGGAAGACAAAUAUGGAGGCUUCUUGAGCCCCCUCAUCAUUAAAGACUAUCAUGACUACGUGGAUGUUUGUUUCAAGGAGUUUGGAGAUCGUGUGAAGUACUGGAUCACUUUCAAUGAACCCCUCGUUUUUACAACUAUGGGUUAUGCAUUGGGAGAAUUCACACCUGGUCGUUGUACUCCUACAAUAGGCAAUUGCACUGCAGGAGACUCAGGUAAGGAGCCUUAUGUUGUGGCUCACCAUCAAUUGCUAGCUCAUGCUGCUGCAGUUAAGUUAUACAAGGACAAGUAUCAGAGCCAUCAAAAGGGGAAAAUAGGAAUUACAGUUACUACAACAUGGUAUAUUCCUCUCUCAAAUUCUAAGUUCGAUAAUGAUGCAGCUCAGCGAGCAUUAGAUUUUAGUUUUGGAUGGUUUAUGGACCCCUUAACUCAAGGAGACUAUCCGUUCAUUAUGAAAAGUCUUGUCGGUGAUCGUCUACCUGAGUUUACGCAUGAGCAAUCUGAAUUGGCCAAGGAUUCAUAUGAUUUUAUUGGACUAAACUAUUACACUGCAAGUUAUGUGUAUGGUGUUCCUCUCUCUAGGGUAGUCAAUCAAAGUUACAUGACAGAUUCUUUCACUUCGGAGACUACGGUUUGCAAUGGAGUUCCUAUUGGUCCUGUGGCUGCCUCAAGUUGGCCCUACGUCUAUCCAAAAGGAUUAAGGGACCUCCUAUUGUACACAAAGGCAAAGUACAAUAAUCCUGUCAUCUACAUCACUGAAAAUGCCGUUGAUGAGUUCAACAAUGCAACAGUACUGCCACUGGAAGAAGCACUCAAAGAUAAGACGAGGGUUGAUUACUUCAAGGACCAUCUUCACUACCUGCAAGAGGCUAUUAGAUUUGUCAAAGGUGUAGACGUGAGAGGAUAUUUCAUGUGGACUCUACUGGAUGAUUUUGAAUGGAACUCUGGCUACGCUAUCAGAUUCGGUCUCCACUAUGUGGAUUUCAAGGACAGGUUGAAGAGAUACCCAAAGAGUUCUGCUCUUUGGUUUCAGAAAUUCCUCAAGAGACCGUAA